AAUAUUCCGAAGAGUGAAGUCCUCUCUAACGUCAUUCUUCAAGACUUCAAAAAAAUCACCACCACCAGCAGCUAAGGAGGUUUUAGAUCCAGAAGUAGUCACAGGAAGUCUGUUUGAUUGUACACCAUGCUUCAUAAUCUACAAGUGGGAUCAAAGUGAAAAAUGGCUACAAAAGGUGGAAGGAAGAAUCUAAAGAGGGCGGUUAAUGAUGAGACAUUAACUCUUCAACCAGGCCAAAGCAUUAUGCAAGUCGUUUCUCUGCGAGGAUCCAAUUCAAUCGAGGUAACUGAUGCCAAAGGAGAAAAAGCAUUGGCAUUUUUCCCAGCUAAAUUUCAGAAAAGCAUGUGGAUAAAACGAGGCAGUUUUGUUGUGGUUGAUGAUAGUGGGAGAGAGGAGGCCGUUGAAUCAGGAAGAAAAGUGGCCUGCGUUGUUCUUCAAGUUCUUUUCCAUGAACAAGUCAGAGUAUUACAAAAAUCUCCAGAAUGGCCAGAAAUCUUCAAAUCGACUAUAUUGGACAGUUCCAGUGGAAACACUCAAAGAAACCGUUCAACCACAAGAGAGGAAAAUGAGUUGGAUUCUAGUGAAGACGAUGGGCUGCCCCCACUGGAAGCCAACACAAAUAGAAGAAUACCUGUGGAGACGCAAUCGGAUACAGGGUCAGAUUCUGAAAUAGAAGAUUCUUAAAACACGGAAAACUGCGAUCAACGGACGCGUAAUUCUAAUUCUAAUACUAUCGCGAUUCUUGUAUUUUUCACAUUUUUGUUGGGUUGUUUAAUAUAACAUUUUGGAUUUGACCUCCUUUAUUAACCAAUGAAAUAUAAUGAUUUUGUA